AUGGCCGACUUUGGUCCCCGGGCCCCGCACGGGCCUGACAUGACCGGCACCCAUGAGCCUCUCCAGGAGAUGAACCUCAGCGAAAAGGAGGCUUUCGACAGCCUAAUUCGUCCGGACGACUGUUACACCUCCGAUGGCGUCUAUUUUGCAGAUCUCCCUCUUCUCAAAAAGAUACGGUUCGUGAGUUCCUACGAUAUGAAGGAGGCGAGGAGGGAGUUUGCCGGGUUCUGGAGGAUGUUCAAGGCAGACCCCUUAUCGCCCGUGUCUUGGUAUUUCCGCAAUAUGGUUUUGCCUGGCGCUGGACUUGGCCUCGAAGGUUAUGUUCUAUUCUCAAUCGGCAAUAUCAAGCCGUUAUUUGAGAAGUCGUUCCCCGCGUGUUGGAAAACGAAGGAAAUAUGCAAUCCCACCUGGAUCUCCGCGGUUGAAUACCUUGAAAUCUGUGGCAUCAUCGUUGGCCAGAUUCUUGUCGGAGUCCUCGGUGAUUGGAUUGGACGGCGAUGGGGUCUCAUCCAAGACGCUGUAAUCAUGCUUUUGGGUCUCGUCAUGUUGACGGCGGCCUGGGGCGUGACUCAAAAUGGAUGGGUCAUCUGCUACGUUUGGUCGUUGUUCUUCUACGGCAUUGGCGUUGGAGGCGAAUAUCCAAUGACUGCCACCAGCGGCAUGGAGAAUGCUGUUGGUUCGGGAAAGGUUUCAACAAAGGAGGACCGUUUACAUCGUGGCCGGAAAGUCACAAGUGCUUUUCUCAUGCAGGGCUGGGGCCAGUUCUUCAACCAGGCGCUCUUGAUCGUUCUGCUCCUCAUUUUCCACCAUGGAAGUGGAAAUGCCCCCUAUUCAACCGUUUCGGCCCAGUGGACAUACCGCGUGUCGUUUGCCAUUCCCGCGGCUGGCACCCUUUGGUUAGUGUACUACCGCUUUUAUAAGAUGAAAGCUGCAAGCAAGCAGCUCGCCAUUGCAAAAGCAAAGUCCCGGGUUACCGGCUAUGACACCAAAUCACUCCGACUCACUUUCAAAUACUUUGGUUUCCGCCUCUUGGCCACUGCCGGCGCCUGGUUUGCAAACGACGUUUUCUUCUAUGGAAACAAACUUUUCCAAAGUGAGUUCAUUGCAGUGAUCAGCCCACAGACAACUUCCAUCAUGCCAGGGUGGCUGUACAACCUGCUCAACGUGGGCGUGUCCCUUCUUGGAUACUAUCUGGCCUCGUUUUUGAUCGACAACAAACUGUAUGGCCGCAAGUGGAUGCAAAUCGUCGGCUUCUUGAUGGAUUUCAUCUUCUUUAUCAUCCCAGCAUAUCACUACGAUUACUACACCUCCCCUGAACACAUAAAAGCCUUCCAGGCGAUGUACUUCCUCAGCAGCUUUUUCAACCAAUUCGGGCCAAACUCUGUCACAUUCCUUGUCGCCGCAGAGGUCUUCCCAACCCCGAUUCGCGCCACAGCCCAUGGUUUCGCCGCCGCUAUUGGUAAAUUGGGUGCUCUGGUAGCCGCGGUGAUGUAUAGCUACAUUUCUACAACCACCAAGUUCCGAGUGGUGCCAUGGUUUGGUUUGGCUGGAAUGCUGCUCACCUUCCUGUUCCUCCCGGACACCACAGGUCUCGAUUUGAAGGAACAAGAAAGGCGAUGGUUCUAUAUCCGCAGCGGGCGUGAGCAUGAAUACCAUGGCGCCGCCGUACACCCGUCGCAUCUGUCCCUUUGGGAGCGCCUCCGAGGCGUGGGCAAAUAUUACGAUGCCGAACUUGAUUAUAAGCAAAAAGUGAAGGAACUGCGAGAAGAGUGGCUGGCAUCGAUGGCUCGCCAUGUGGAUGAAAAGUCCCGUCCGUACGAGGACGCGGAUCUCAGUGAAGGUCUCUUGCACGCGGGCGUGUUGGGAUACUUUGAACGCACCAGUCCCAUGAUCCUUGCGAAAGAACCUUUCAAUAAGGAGUACAACAAGGACGGCCUAGAGAACCUACCACCUCCUCAAGCCUCGAGCUCAGAGGACAUUUCGGAAUGA